AUGUCCAUUUUGAUAGACAUCGGCCGUCCAACCCACACCCCCGUGGUCAAACCUGACGCCCCGGGACGAUCCAUGGCUACAUCUAUGGCGGCGGCCUGGCAGACAACAAGAAAAAUUGACCGUACCGAUACUACAAGCGGCGGAUGCGAGCUUGUCGUUGCUGGAGCCGAGACCCCGUCCCGUCACGCUGGUUCUCAGUCACACAGACAGGACGAGAAAGGAAAAAAGGACGACCAGAGCACAGCAAGGACAAGGCCUCUCGCCUCUCUGCUGGGGUUAAACUGA